AUGCCCGUCGAGUCCAGCAAUGAUGUCAUGGACCGCAUUGACCAUCGCGCGCAGCGGGAGUCCUGGAAUGCAAACCGGAUUUGGCACUGCCCAUUUGGCUUCUUCGUUGCGUCACUCGCUGGGGGCGACCGUCGCGAAGGAGCCAAACAGCGUUGGGCGCUAACUGGCCGGCUUGCCUUUCUCGGUCCGCCCGACAAGCGCUCAGCCGCCGAUUGGCGCGACUCUGUGUAG